AUGGACAGUGACAUUCCUGUCGCUGUCAAUGAUCAACAGUCUCUCACUGUCGGGGUUCCUUGGAAGUUAAUGGAGCCACAAGGAUUGGUCGAAAUAAUCUCCACUGGACUUGAAAAGGUCCUCUUAAUUGAUAGUAGGUCUUUUCUGGAAUUUAACACCUGUCAUAUACGCCAUUCUGUCAAUGUCUGCUGUUCAAAGCUCGUUAAAAGGCGCUUACAGCAGGACAAGGUUCAUAUCAAAGACUUACUGACUCAAACGUGCCAUAUCGAUGCAGAUGAAAAUGCUGAAAUCAUUGUUUAUGAUCAGUGCACAGAGGAGGCGUCCCAGCUGACCGGGGACAAUUUCUUGGUUGUAUUACUACACAAACUUUCCUCGGCCUUCAAGAGUGUUACACUUCUAAAAGGUGGCUUUUUGGUUUUCCAAGCUAUGCAUCCGUCUCUUUGUGAGAGUAAAUCUAACAAGUGUACUUCCCUGACAUCUCUGUCGCAGCCAUGUCUGCCGAUCAGCAACGUAGGACCAACGAGGAUUCUUCAUUUUCUAUACUUAGGUUCACAGAGGGAUGCUAUGUCCCAAGAUAUUAUACAGGUUAAUGGCAUAUCCUAUAUUCUGAAUGUCACAACCACAUGUAAGCAACCUCCAUUUAUACAAGAGAGUCACUUCCUCCGCAUUCCAAUAAAUGAUAAUUACUUUGAUAAGAUGCUGCCAUACUUCCAUGAUGCAUUCCAGUUUCUUGAUAAAGUGCGAGAAGCUAACGGCUGUGUACUUAUCCAUUGCCUUGCCGGGAUUUCUCGCUCACCCACACUGGCAAUAGCUUAUGUUAUGAGACAUUUAAAAAUGUCUUCUGAUGAUGCAUACAGAUAUGUAAAAGAUAAACGUCCAACCAUUUCCCCAAAUUUCAAUUUCUUGGGACAAUUGCUGGAAUAUGAAAAACAGCUGAAAUUAGAUCAGGAAAGAGCCAAAAAAUUGGCUGAAACCUCAGGAAAAAGUGUUGACCCAUGUCGUGGCGGUCAGUUUGGAAUGGACCUGUGUAGCAGCCCUGUGUCGCCUGUACCAAAGGCUCACCGGGCGUGUCCCUCAAUAAGCCCUCCUAUGUUUCUCCCACUAAAUCGACCCCAGCACUUGACAGCACCAACCCCUGUGGUGGUGCCUUCAGCAGCACCAGCUGCAGAACCUGUGCCAACACCAGCAACAACAGUUAUUGUGCGGCCACCCGUUGCGGCCACGGCGUCUACAACCAUACUGUCUCCGCCUGCUACCGCUGUUGUUGUAGAUGUUGAUACUCGACACACAAGGAUGGUAUCACCAGUUACCAAUUCGACAGUGUCUGGCUCGAGUCUCUUAAAGGCAGCAGCAGCCUCCAUAUCUGCCUCUGCCUCAUCCCCUUCUUUUACCACUUCUUCAACUACUAAUACUACCACCACUUCAACUAGCACCAAUACUAAUACUACCACCGCCACUACCAUCACUACUGAUACCCCCACACACAUUAUUUCCUCCCCUGAACGACCACAAACAAUCACAAGCCUGCCUUUCAAGUCUACACAUACGACUCCUACCACCCCACCUGGGGUGCAAAAGCUGGUGCUUUCGCCAACAGCAGCAUUGGCUAAGCUGAACUUUAACCAGAACUCUGUAGAAAGUAUGGAAGUCACGGAAACUGUAACUGUGGAAAACUACCUUCAGAUACACAAAUUUCCGACUACCUCAUUGGACAAACUGAGCUUUACUCCUUGUUUUGCCAAGGAUGAUACGGCCUCAAAAUGUACUCCUGUGAGUACGAACAUUACAAAAACUAGCGGCAUGGCCAGCUGCAUUAAUUCAAAUGGGAGCAACAAUGCAACUCCUUGUAUUUCUGGCAGCACCCCUACCAGCGUAUGCAUGCGUCCGCGUAACACUGCUGUCAAACGACCAAAAUCAUCGUCUCUCUCAUCGUCAUCGUUGUCCUCUUCGGCAUCGACGAAUGACAGCAACAUUGACAGCAAAUUUAUUGAACCUCUCUCGCCCAGCUCGACCAGCAGCAGUUCGACAUCGAGCUCGGCAGUGACGUCACCCAUGAGCGCUGGCACUACCAAGGUGAUUCUCCGGUCACGGGAGAACCGUGCCAAGCGGCCAUUGGUGCGUCCAAACAGUAUUGCGUUCUCCACGUACCCGACGUUCGACCUUGGAUCCGACUGUCAGGAAUCUCCAGGAUCAAGUAGUAGCACAUCACAGGAUGAUACAUCCGAAGCAUACUUAAUGCACAACAGCAAGAAAUCGAAGCCUUCCGACACAGGGGGACGGUGGCAUUAUGGACGCUACUCUGAACGGCACGUGUACAAGCAAAUUGCAGCUGCCAUGGAAAGUGCCAUGGUAAGGACACACGUGUCUGAGAAUUCUCGAAAGUCUCGUAGUUUGGAUGACAUUCUGACCUCAGAGGAGGACCCUUCGGAGUUAGACUGUUCUUGUUCCCCUUUGGACAAACUGCCUCUGCGGUGUGGAGCAAGUGCAGAUAUUUAUUCUACGGGAAUUUUUGAAAACUUAACAUGCCGAAUGCGUGGUUCGGCAGAUUCUUACCAGUCCAACAGCAGUAUAUCAUCUAGUGGAAGUCAUAGUUCGUUACAUGGAAGUUUAGAAAUCAUACAGUAUCACACUACUGGAGAUCUUCCAUGUUUCUUUGACACUUACAUGCAAAUGGUAAGUCCUCACUGUUACCAUUGUUGUCACUGUUGUCAUUUUUUCUUGCUGUUGGUGUUUUCAUUUCAAAAACUACCACCACCCUCAUUCUCCCUGCUUUUUUUUAUUGUUGUUCUGUAG